CCGCAAUGAAGUGUAGAAUGAACAGUGUGCUGUGGCAAUGGAGGGGCAAACUGUAAAGGCGAUACUGUUUGACUUGGACAACACUCUGAUAGAAACAAGUCGGGCAGGAGCAGUGGCGAUACAGAAGACCAGUGAACUUUUGAAGAGCUCUCUGGGCCUGGACGACGACACCGUCAGCAGCAUCUGUGACAAGUUCAAGCUGAAGCUUUCUCAGGAGAGCUUCGACCCAUCAGCCGGCAGAUCCAUCGAUGAGGUGCGGACAGGGCACUGGGAGGAGAGCCUCCAGGAAGCUGUGGGCAGCAGAUCCACUCCAUCACUGGCGGCUCAGUGCUACUUCCUGUGGAAAAGCAGCCGCCUGGAGCUCCUCAAUCUAUCCCCUGAAAUCUGCAGCCUGUUGAAGGAACUGCGCCGCACACACAAGCUGCUGCUACUCACCAACGGGGAGGCCCAGACUCAGAGAGAGAAGGUGGAGGCGACCGGAUGCGAGGAGUUCUUCGACGCCGUCGUGGUCGGGGGGGAACAUGCAGAGCAAAAGCCGUUCCUCUCCAUCUUCACGCUGUGUUUCAGGAUGCUGCAGGUGGAGGCUCAGGACUGUGUGAUGGUGGGAGACUCUCUGGACACAGAUAUUGAGGGGGGGGUAUUCGCCGGGGUGCGGGCUACAGUCUGGAUCAGCAGUGAGGGGGGUGCUGAUGAUGGUGCAGUGAAAGCAGACUUCACAAUCCCUACUGUGCUCGAGCUGCCACAUAUUCUGCAGCAACUCAAAUGAAGACAACUGAUGAUACAUGUUAAAGGAGGGGACUGUCACUGAGAUUUGUAAUGAUGGGAAUUUUAAAAGAUUAUUUUUUAUUUUUCAACAAGGUGCUUUUUUUCCUCGUCUAAUGCAUUUGUAUACAUUUACUCAAGCACUGUACUAGAGUACAAUUGAGAUCAGUGUCAGUGAUUGUAUAUCAGAGGAAAUACGGCUCUUUUGACUCCACUGAAUUCAUUGUACAGCUAUGUUUACUUUGGUGGUCAGACCAGGUGUGAAUGUAUAGACAAUAAUCGUGAUAUUAAAGAAUAUACAUGUGGUUA